AUCUCAGAGAAGAUUUGGUUAUCUUCUUCUUCUUCGCAUUUAAUUUCAUUUCUCUCUUUCAAGUUUCAAUACAUCGCUUUUCCGGUCUGGCUAACAUUCAGGAGAAAAGUCUGGAAGAAUCCAGAAACAAGAGGGUGGUGCUCGCCCUAUAUGAAGCCUUGAGUUCACGGGACGUCGAUCUGGUCCAGAAGCUUCUGGCCGCCGACCUCGAGUGGUGGUUCCACGGCCCGCCGUCGCACCAAUUUUUGAUGCGCACCCUCACCGGCGCUGCCGCUCCGUCCGAUUCGUUCCGGUUCGUGCCGCUCACCGUUGACGCCAUUGGCCCCACCGUCUUCGUCGAGGGCUGCGAUUCUGAUCGCAACAUCACCUGGGUCCACGCCUGGACCGUCACGGAUGGGAUAAUCACCCAGGUCCGGGAGUAUUUCAACACAUCCCUCACCGUGACCCGACUCGGAAACCAAGCCCGAUCCAGCUCCUUCACUCCCGCCCGCUGCCCCUCUGUUUGGGAGAGUAGUCUCUCAAAUCGGGUCGGUAAAUCAGUGCCGGGCCUCGUUUUGGCUAUCUAAUCGGGCCCACCCGGCCCGGCCUCGUUUUGGCUAUCUAAUCGGGCCCACCCGGCCCGGCCUCGUCACUACAGUACCCGAACUGGCGCGUGUUUGUUUUCGUAUACUGUGCUUGUCCACCGUUACUAUCCUGUGACUGCGGAGCUUGACGGCUAGGAUGUGUCAGAAUUUGGUUUGACUUUUCUUUUAAAAAUCUUGUGGUCUGUUUGGUUUAUUUUAUAUUUUGUGUUAAGUAGAGGACAAAGCUUGUUGCCCGAGUCAAACGGGGACCAUGACGGUUCGUAGGCCUCUGGAUUGCGGGUGUAAGACUAUGUCCAAUGUAAUAAGCGUUUGGAUUGCAAUAAAGUUGUUUCUGCUCAAAUUGUGUACAUAUAUGGGAACUGCCAUUCCUAGUCCCUACCGUUUUGGGACCUUCUUAUCUAAUAUUGUUACGUCACCUAGUUACA